CCCGACGACCGACACCACCACAUGCGCCCGCGCGCCGCCCGCCCAGCGCCGCCCGCGCCCCCGCCACCAUGUACCGCCGCGGCGACCCGCGCUGGAACCGCACCAUCCAGCACAUCUCGGAGAAUCUCGAGCACGCCAACGAGACGGCGGCCGAGAACCUGUACGGCUUCACCCAGAGCUACGUGAACCCGUGUCUGGCGUCGGUCACGCGCUGCUGCAAUGCCGUCACCGCCCCGUGCUUCCCGUCGACCAGCGACCGCCGCCGCCACCGCGCGCGCUCCCGCGGCCGCGCCGAGCUGAGCUUCGACUUCUACGACGACUGGGACGACGACGAGGGCGACGGGCUGCUGGGCUGGGGCCACGACAGCCUGGAGCGCUUCCUGGGCACGAGCAGCUACGGCAGCAACUACGGCACCAGCUACGGCACCACCCAGCAGCCCCCCGCCGCCCGCCCCAUGGCCUACGCCGCCCGCGCCCGCGACCCGCGCUUCGACGCCCGCCGCAAGUCCACCGGCGCGCCCCACACCGCCCCGGACCCCACCCUGAUCCCCUCGUCCUCCUACUUCGGCUUCCUGGCCCGUCUGCCCUUCAACCUGGGCCGCAAAGGCCUGCGCUACAAGCCCAGCGCCGCCGACCUGACCGAGCACCCGGGCGCCCGGCACGCGCCCGAGGCCCAGCCGCUGAUCGAAGACAGCGACGAGGACCCCCCGCGCGCAAGCGCAAGCGAUCCCAAAACGCACCGCCGCGCGCGCAGCAACACGCUGACGUCGCGGCACACGACGUCCUCGCUGUCGAGCCGGGGCGAUAUUUUCCCCUCCGAGGACGAGCUCGACGACGCGGUCCCGCUGGACGACGAGUUUGCGUUUGUGCUCGAGCGCCGGGCGACGGGCGACGAGUCCGACGCCAAGACCGAGCGCAGUCGCAGUGCGCGUAGUACUAGUCUCGCGGGGAGUGCGCGCACGAGCAGUGACCAUAGGAUCGAGAUGCUGGCGCGCGAGGCGGUGCCGGAGCUGGCGGAGCUGCGGGGCGAGGAGGAAAGGUUGCGGCGUGAGGAGGAGGGGGAGGUGAGGCGGAGGAGGGCGAGGGCGCGGGAUUUGGCGGUUAGAAAGGGACUGGCUGUGGAGGGGGAUGCGAAGACAGACACGACGCCUGGUGAUGUCGUGCUGGAUGCGAAGACUGACACGACAACACCCCUUAGUGACACCGCGCUGGAUGCCGUGUUGGACGAGGGGCGUCCGGGGUCGCCCGAGGAGCGGCCUGUGACAGCGGUGCGGAGGGAGGCGCAGAACGAGAAUCUGGAGGAUGGGCAGAAAGAAGACGAGGAUCAGGGGCAAGGAGACGCCUUUGUGCCGGCGCGACUCCCGCAUUUCGGGUGAAGCUUUAUAUAGUAAUACCAUACACUGCCAGCUACAAGCAGAGCACCCACCCCACACACCCAAUGUUCA